CUUCAGCUGCUCUCCCCUCCCCAGCUCGACAAUCCCAAUAUCGUGCCUAUUGGAUUCGACCCUCCGUCGUCCUCUCCAAUUAACCCCGACUUAUUCCCUGGGCGUGCGCAACCCUUCGUCUCUCCCACCCCCCGCCCACCGCCGAAUGUACCGUUCCGACUGAUUCCAUCCCGGUCACAUCAUACCAUAUCACCACCACCACCACUAUUACUACUACUACUACUACCACCAUCCUCGUGCAUCCUCACCGAAAAAUCCAUCCUCGCCGACUCAAUCCAAAAAUGUCCCGCUCCGCUGCAGACGCGACCCGGUUCACGGCCACCGGGCCCUACGCGCACUCCAAGCCCGGCUCGGCCAGCGCGGCGGCCCCCUACAAGCUCCCUAGCUCGAUGGCGAAGCCCACCUCCCAGCAACAGCAACAGCCGCAGUUAAACUCCAAUGGCAGACCGGAGUCUCCCAAGGAAAAGGUCGAGCGGUUGAGGGCCCAGGCCCGCGCGGCCCGGUUAGCUCAGUCGACGUCGCGGGUGGAUCAGAUGAUUGAGGUAGGACGUCGAUUCGCGAACAAGGCGCAUAAGACGAUGGUGUACACGCUGAUUGCGGCAUCUGGUGUCUGCGGAGCUCUAACAGUCUACUCUGUCAUCUCUCUAACGCUAUACAACCGUCGGCAGCGGGCUCUGUGGGUGGAGAAGGAAAUGCAGAAACUGCAGGAUGCGAAGACGGCGUAUGCUGCCGGUACGGCUAACACGGAGCAAUUGGAGCUGCUGAAGAACGAGAAGAUCGGGGAGAUCUUCCAGCAGAAGAAGGAGGAGGCUAAGGCGCAGCGGCCCUGGAAUCAGGUCAAGAACUUCGUUUUUGGUGGUUUGAAGCAGGAUGAAAAGGCCGCUGCUGAUAGCAGCAGCUCUAUCCCCGAUAGUGUCCUGGAGGGCGGCAACAAGUCCGCAGUGCUGGAGGCUUUGAACGCCAAGGCUGCGGAUGAUGCGGCCAAGUCUGCUGCUCCUGCUGUUCCCAAGGGCCAGCUGGAUGCGUUGGCUGAGAACGCCGAAGAUGCUGCGAAGCAGUCGACGCGGAGCUGGAAGAGCUGGUUUACUGGACGGUAAGGAGUCCAAGGAAAGAAUUCUUUGGUAUAUGGAAAUGGAUGUAUGACAUAUAGGGCGGAGGGAGGUGGUGGGUGUGUGUACGUGAGUGAGGAUGGAAAACAAGGAAUGUCUCAGGGAUGACGCCUAUCACAUUUACUUAUGCUGCUUUUCUGGUUUGCAUGGCAUCUUCUCCCUGUUUUUCCAUAAUCUGGGGUUGCGGCGUCUAUGCGGGUUAUAUUGUAUUUUUGUCUCGUCUUUUUUCUUUCUUUCUAGCUGUAUUCUUAUCUUGCUGUUGUUUGCUUUCCUCAACCUGUGUAUUACUGGGUUAGAGUUCUUGUCUUUACUCUUGUGUACAUAUACAUAUCUACUAUUCUCUACCUCUGGUAUCUCUCUCAUCUCUUGGUUAGAAUAGUGCUUGCUGUCAAUGGCUCAAGGUUAAUUUAAUCAAGAGGGUUUGGUCAAUCGAGCAAAGUUGAAUCUAU